AUCUCUUUCAACUCUCUACCGUGUAGCGUUUGUUUGUUCUUUUCCGCUUCCCUCAAAAGGGAAGAGAUUUACACCACUUUGCAAUUAUUGUCCAAUUUAUAUGGAAUUUCGUUACUUCAUGAUUGUUUCGCAAAUGUUACCGACAUUCUAAAUUAAGUUCACAAUACCGAUUUAAACAUGGGGAAAAUCUUUAUCAAGACUUAACACCCGGAAUGUAUACAAUUUACAAACCACCAGGCGUCCGCUUUAGCUUCUCCAACAUGCAAAAACACAUACACAGCUAUUUAUAACGUAUCUCUCACAUAAGCUCCACACUCACACCAUAACAGCAUUUAGUAUAAGUGAGCUCCAGAUGAAAAUAGGGAAUUCCCCUGACGUCCGUCUGUCCGAUGACUCAUCGACCAACAAUAACAUUGGGCAAACAGAAAACCAAAACAAAACUAACUAAAGCACUAACACAACUACAGUAACAGACUUUACAAAUAAUAAAAAAAAACCAAAAAGACGCCGGCCAUCAACAGAAAACACAAUCUUUUGCUCAUCGCAACAUGGAAAUGUUGGGCAUGUGCGAGAAAUGCCGGCAAUCGGUUUAGCAGGUGGUCGACCAAUUGUUUCCCAUCUUGCAUCGCACACUUGUUUCCCAUAGCAAAUACACUGUACUAAGGGUUUGAUGGUAGUGGUGCAAUAUUAUCAAACUGCCCGCCGGUGUUAGUUGUUCUCAUCGCAACACAUUCAUUCGUCUGUCGUCAGUGGAGCAGAUCAUACAUAGGAAAAAGAAAGUUGUAUGGUUUGCCGGUAGCUAAACGUGUACUUUAUCUCUUAUCCAAGUAGCUCUGAAAAUUGGAACAUUUGUCACAGACAAAAAAGUGUUCAGUAGGCUGUGCCAAAACGCUACGAAUGUUUAUUGUCCAGUGAAACUUGUUGGUGUAGUGCAUUGAAUACCAAAAUCGACCGUACCAGCAGUCCAAUUUCCACAGGUCAGCGACGUACAGCCGUAGACACAUUACGGCGAUUCUCACUCUCUCCCAUUGGCCAUGUUCCCGUCACGCACAUGCAUCAAAGUUUUCGUUCUAGCUUUGUUGGCCAUUGUCCAACGAUAGAAGAAAAAAAAAUGUUUGCAACUUUGCACCGGUGACUCAGCGCACGGAACGUCUAUCCGUCCCCUUACAUUUGUGUCAUGUGUGGCGUUAGUUCCUUAUCAACUUUUACUCCGGGUCUUAUUUAAGUGUUAACAAUAACAUGAAACAAUAGGAUUUAAAACGGUCGGUAUGCAAAAAAGGUUAUACAACGCGAAAGAACAACCAUUUGGCAAGUUUGAGCUAUCGGUGUAGACACAUUACAAUGACUUAAUAAUAUGUGAUAAGUGUAUUGCUGUACGAUUGAAAAUUAAUCAAUAAAAAAAAAGUCAUCAACUUACCGGCAACUGUGCGUUAAAGAACUGUUUACUAUUCUGCUGAAGAAAAAUGUCCCGAACGGACUAUGUGAUUGUGAAGACCAAAUCCUACAUCCUAAGGAUGAAUCGCGAGGAGAAUCUGUGCUGGUUUCAUGGAAAAAUAUCUCGUGAAGAUGCGGAAGAAAUGUUACGACGAGAAGGGAGCGAUGGGGUGUUUUUGGUACGGGAAAGUUCCACCUCCGAGGGUGAUUACGUGCUGUCGGUGCUGUUCAAGGGCGAAGUGGUACACUACGCUAUACGGCGGCAUGGAGAUGAUGCAUUCUUUUCCAUCCACGAUCACACACCGAUUCACGGGCUGGAUUCGCUGAUCGAGCACUACCAGAAAGAUAAGGGCAAUCUGGUGACUCGAUUGCAAGUUAUUUGCCGCAGUGAUCCACCACCGCACGAUGUCCGCAGCCAUGGGACCACCAAUCUGCUGCACCGUGCUACGAAAGAAAGUAACUACACCGUCGUAUCGGAGCUGCUCAAGUGUGGUUACAGGAACAUUGAUUCGAAAAAUCAAGACGGCCAAACAGCGGUUCAUCUGGCCUGUUUGCAUGCGGACGAUAAGAUUUUGCUGAAGCUGAUUGAACGCGGUGCGAAUAUAAACAGUCGCGAUGCCAAAGGCAACACACCACUGCACUAUGCCUGCGCCAAACGGAACGGGUUGGAAAUGGUCAGGAUGCUGAUAAAGGCAUCCGCUAGUCUGCAGGCACGGAACAGCGAUACCGGUUGGGUACCACUGCACGAAGCAGCCGAGAAUGGAAAUAUGGACGCAAUCCAGGAGCUGAUGCGCCAUCGUGUACCGCAUCGACCAAGAACAAACUUAGGUGAAAUGCCGUCGGAUUUGGCACGCCAUCGGGGUCACUAUCAGGUGGUCGAGUUUCUGAACGCUUAUGAACCGUCCCGACCACAGACUCAUCGUGACCUCUGGUACCAUGGAACGCUUGAGCGUAUUUCGGCGGUUGACUAUCUGAAAGAUUUUGCAGCCAAAUUGCUACCGAAUCUAGCCCACAGACAGCGCGAACAGGAGCGCGACAACAACAAGGAAACCAACGAGUGUCUAGAUGGGCUGGAACAGUCCACCUCCGGCACGUAUCUGGUGCGCUACUCGGCCAAACAGAACGUAGAUGUACUGACGAUGCUGUACGACAACGAGCCGAAACAUUUCAUCAUCCAGCGACAGCAGGAGUGGUUGUACAUUGACGAAGGUCCCUACAUGAAUUCUCUCGAGCAUUUGAUCGAACAUUAUACGCGCUUCUCGGACGGAUUACCGAUAAAUUUGCGCUUUCCAGUCACUCCCGGACCAAAGCCACCGAUACCGGCGUUCGCAACGAUACCGAAAUCAAAGCACCGGAUGCAUCGCUCCGCUACGGACGGUGUUGUUGCUACCGGUGGUACAACGUCCGCCCUGUCAUACCUCGGAUCGUCCCAUCAGAAUGCGAAUGGUUCCACGCUAGCGGCCGGUUUGACCAGCAUGUUUCGCAAAUCGAGUGAAGCUCCCACCACAAUCACCACCUUACCAUCGAAAGGGCUGCCGAGGAAUCUAUCCGUCCCGAACGAUGCAAUGGAGCAAAUGAACCGGGUCGGUUUGUUCGAUCGCAGUCCCGAUCGUUGUGCACCGGAGGCGCCGGGUCGUCGGCAAGGACCAGUUUCGCCCAAUACAGACGAAGCAAAGCUCAAACCAACCAGCAGCAGUAACGCAUCGCCAACGUUCAAGAAAACGUUUAUGGAUGGGGUGAAAAGUUUGCGUAAGAGUAAGCAGAAGACAAAACCAUCGGCCGGUGAUGCGGACGGUGGUGGUGCGACAGUAGAAUCGAACACAGCCAGCAAUGCUUCGUCCAUCGAACCCACGGUGAGUCCUUCGAAGCUGCUGCAACAGUUGAAAUUUUCGUCCGAUUUUAAUCUUGCCGCGAGCUGUGCCGCAUCGGACGAUAUCUAUAAAAUUCCCACCAACAACUGUGCCAUCGUUGAUAUCGAUAUUGGCGAACCACCGGUUGCUGUCGGGCCGGUAAUCUCCACCCUUCCACUGGAUAGGGAUGAACACGAGACCCCGCCAGCAAUCCCGCCGAAGCUCUCCUCACCUGCGCUCGAUACCGUAAACAACAACGAACCGGCGGCAUUAGAUUACUUCACGCAAAGCGAUGAUCCGCUCCGGUCCGAUACGCUGCCGGAUGAUGAAAGUGAAGCGAUUUACUUUGUGGAAGCACCAAUUCCAUCACUGGCGAGAGGAUGCAGUGAAGCCACACAUGCUGUCAACAACAACGUUCCUACGGAUGCUGGCCAAACGACACGAAGCGCCAUGCCAACGAACUACAUCAUGACAAAAACCGUACCGAUCUUCAGCAGUGUCUCGGUGGAGGAAUGUCAAACGCCGACCAGCCCGAUCGGACAAAUGCGGGCCAGCAAGUUGUUCGAACGGCUCGACUCGAACCAAUCCUCCUUCAGCCGAGCCAGUGUGCUCAGCGGGGAAAGCGUAUUUUUUGCCAUGUUUCAACAGCAGCAAAAUCAAUCGAAUUCCUCCUCCGCGCAAUCGGAAGGCCCAAACUACUUCAUACCGCAGGAGUGUAUCCACGCCGAAACGGUACUGGGGCGGGGUGAGUUUGGUUACGUUUACCAAGGUUUCUUAGAACCUUGGCCACUGCUGGAGAACCUUGGCUAUGUGAAUGGAAGUGGCAGUACCAUCAAACCUGGUUCCGUUCCGCCCGUGAUGGGUCGUGUUCCGGUCGCGAUUAAGAAGGUGAUGGACAGCCAAGAGCGCCGUGAACGGACGGAUUUUCUACGUGAGGCGAGUGUUAUGAUACGGUUGCGACAUAACUGUAUCGUGCGAUUGAUCGGUAUCUGCAAGGGACCACCGUUAAUUAUGGUGCAAGAGCUGAUCUCACUCGGUUCGAUGCUAGUGUACAUCACUAAGAACAAAGCCACUAUCAAUCCGCAACAGGAGAUGAUGAUUUGGGCAGCACAAAUUGCCAGUGGCAUGCAGUAUCUGGAGGAGAAACAUUUCGUCCAUCGAGACCUUGCCGCUCGCAACAUUCUGUUGGCAAACAAGUAUCAGGCAAAAAUAUCCGACUUUGGUCUGUCGCGUGCAAUCGGUGCCGGUCAGGAGUAUUAUCGCGCUAGUCAGGGUGGCAAAUGGCCCAUCAAAUGGUAUGCCCCCGAGAGCUUUAACUACGGUACGUUCUCCCAUGCCAGCGACGUAUGGUCGUUUGGUGUGACGCUGUGGGAAAUGUUUUCGUAUGGUGCACCACCCUACCACGACAUGAAAGGUGCCGAUGUGAUCAAGCUGAUAGAGGAAGAUCAGCGACUGUCGCGACCGGACGCCUGCCCGGACAAGGUGUUUGGGGUGAUGCGUAACUGUUGGCAGUACAAUCCAAAAUUGCGUCCUACCUUCCGCUUCUUGCAUCGCUUCUUCUCCGACGAUAUCGAAUAUCAAAACCUGCAGGAACUGGUCGGAACGGGUGUUGAGAUCAAUGCCAACACGACUGCAAUAGCCGGGGCAACGAAUAUCUCCGCUGGCAACGUCACGAACAUCAACACGACCUUCACCACAGUGGAUACAGCUGUCGCGGAGGCAAGCGGAGGAGAGAUAGUUUAGCUGCACAGGUACCGUACAAAAUACGGCAUUGGUAUCAUAGGAAUGUCUUUCCGUAACUAAUCGUAUUACUCUUCCAAGAGAGCUUCUAUCUGAAACGAUUAUUCUAGUAUUGUCGAAACGUAUUGAGGUUAUUUCCAGACCACGUUAAGCGUCGUUUGCAGCGGGUUGUGCUUCCUUUUUUUAUAAUUUAUACACAAACUAUUUAUUUCCUUUCCGAACCAUUCCGCUUUUUAAAUAUCAUGUUUCUGGAAUUUACCAACUUUUUAUGUUAAUGGUUUCACUUAUGAUAUACAUCUUUUCUACAUUGCGUAAGCAAAUGAAUGCAGAAAAUUUGCCACACAUCUAUUCGAACAAGUGUUUAUAAAACACUUUUUGGGCGCACUCAAACAUUACUGCACCGAUGGCUCGACGUUCAGGUAUAAGUGAGUUAGUCAUUUUGCGUAUUUAAUCUUAAUUUUAACAGAUGGUUCUUCCGCAUGAGAUGAUAGUUUCGCAUUUUAGCUAAAGAUGGGUGAAGCACAAAGUUGUGGAAUGUUUGUACGCGACAUUAAACACAAAAUUCGCAAAUGGAUGUUGUACAUCAGACGGUUUGUGGAGGACAAAACCACAGUGUCAUAAUGAAACCUCUUGGUGCCAUGCUUACCAUUGGAUAGGCAUUGUCGUUUCCAGAAACUGAACGCUUUUAAUGAUAUACAUAUUUGAGCACACAUAUGUAAAUAAAGGAAACAAAAACUGUUAACAUAGUGCUAUACUUUUGCCAUAAUUCGGGGCAGCCGCUUGCGAACAGGCAAACGGUAUAAAUACGUAACACGAUCAAGAAACUUUAAACCGCUUCACAACUUCAUUGAAUGUAUGGAAUUAUCACUUAAAAUUCAAUCAACAGAUUCCUAAUGAAAGCACUAUCGCCAAUCGCAUAAAUAAGCGCACAAUCUGAUGCAAAAGACAACAGCAGAAAACAAGACUCAAUUCAUAAAAUAAACUCUCUGAUACAAAGACAUUUUAACGAUCAUUUUAUACCCCAUCAGGCAUACGUUUACGCGUGUAUAAAUGUAAAACAAUGGAAUAGAAUGCUUGCGAAUGGUAUUAUGAAUGGAUAUUAAACAAAAUUUACCUCACCUAAGUGAUGGUCAAAGAAUGGCUAAAAUAAUUAAAAUGAUUGAAAUAAAAAGUGGUUCAUUAAUAAUUA